AUGGAUUUCCUGAACUUUACUGAACAGAAUUAUACAUUGGAACAAAAUGACACAUCAGAAAAACUACUUAAGAAAGUAACACCCAAGGUUCUGGUUUCUCUUACACUUUCUGUGCUAGCAGUGAUGACAACCAUCAUCAACUCUCUAGUGAUGACUGCCAUAAUUGUGACCCGAAAGCUCCACCACCCUGCCAAUUAUUUAAUUUGCUCCUUGGCAGUCACCGAUUUUCUGGUUGCCAUCCUAGUCAUGCCCUUCAGCAUUGUCUACAUUGUCAAAGAGACCUGGAUCAUGGGCCAGGUGAUGUGCGACAUUUGGCUCAGCGUUGACAUUACCUGCUGCACCUGUUCCAUCUUGCAUCUCUCGGCCAUCGCUUUGGAUCGCUACCGAGCAAUCACAGAUGCUGUGGAGUAUGCCAGGAAGCGAACCCCUAAGCGGGCAGGCAUCAUGAUUGCCGUCAUGUGGGUCAUUUCCGUCUUCAUCUCAAUGCCGCCAUUGUUUUGGCGGCACCAGGCUGCCAGCAGGGAUGACGAGUGCAUCAUUAAGCACGACCAUAUCGUUUUUACCAUCUACUCCACAUUUGGAGCCUUUUAUAUCCCACUAGCAUUGAUUCUGAUCCUUUACUACAAAAUAUACAAGGCAGCUAAGACUUUUCACAGGAGGAGCGUGAGUCGUGUUCUCAAAGAGGAGGCGAAUGGACAGGGUCUCCUGGAAGGAUCUGAGAAAAGCUGCCAGCCAGCUUCCUCAGCAUCAUGCACAAAAGGGAAAGCAUCUAACCGUUCAGGAGAUUCGGACAGAAUGCAUAUCUCCCUGCGAAGCCCCAAUUCUGAGUCGAAGAAUGAAAAGGGAUGGAAGAGACAACGGAUUUCUACCACGAGAGAGAGAAAGGCAGCAACUACCCUUGGCUUAAUUUUGGGCGCCUUUGUGAUCUGCUGGCUCCCCUUCUUUGUGAAGGAGGUGGUUGUGAAUACCUGUGAAAGAUGUCAGAUUUCAGAAGAAAUGAAUAAUUUUCUGACAUGGUUGGGAUAUAUCAAUUCUCUUGUUAACCCCCUGAUUUACACAAUCUUUAACGAAGAUUUCAAGAAGGCAUUCCAGAAACUUAUCCAAUGCAAGACCUCUCUGUGAAAAGAAAAAGUACUCUGUGGCUGACUGGUUUUUUGGGGGAGUGGGAAUGGAUUCACAGUUCUGCUCAUGGUAGAAGUGUGCCACCCUGUGCUGGAGAUUUCAUUAGAAUCUAGAGGGUUCUGGUGGGCACCCAGAAAAUUUCAGGGAUAUGGUAGGCUGCAAACACAGCUCCAGCACCGAUAGGUGCCA